AUGGUCAUUCACAAGCCACAUUCGCCGGUUCGUUCCUACGACCGGUGCAAGCCUUCGCCCGGCGGCUUUGCGGUCCACUGGUGCUCCCGGCUCGGGACCCACGCGUCGGAGCUGGAAGUCAGUGCGGAGUCCGGUCCCGAUUUCCGCCGGUUCGGUUCAGAGGUCUACCAGGCGGAACGAUCGCUGGGCUCAGUCCGCAUCCUCGACGUCCACCCGCGGUCUUGGACGCGCCCUCCGUGUCCCGGGAAGGGCGCCUGGCGGCCGUCCCUCAGCAUCGCCACGGUGCUGGCCUCCAUCCAGCUGCUCAUGGCCGAGCCCACGGACGACCCCUGUCUGUGUGCGCAGGGCGCCUGGCGGCCGUCCCUCAGCAUCGCCACGGUGCUGGCCUCCAUCCAGCUGCUCAUGGCCGAGCCCAACCCGGACGACCCGCUCAUGGCCGACAUCUCCUCAGAGUUCAAAUACAACAAGCCCGUCUUCCUCAGCAACGCCCGGCGGUGGACAGAGCAGCACGCGAGGCAGCAGCAGGGUGCCGAGGAGGUGCCUGGGAACCCGCCUGCGGCCGGCGAUGCAGAAGCACAUGGCACAGCACCGAAAAGGAAGGCGGAGCCGCCGGGAGGCCCGGGCAAGAGGUUCUGCGAUGGCGUCUAGGGCUCGGUCCCGGUCCCGGUCCCGGUCCCUCCGGUCACUGCUCUCUGUCAGGGUGGCCCAGCUUGCCCGCCCGUCUCCCGUGUUCUCUGUGUAUGUGACGGCGCGACCGUUUCUGCCUCUCAUAAAACAGACCUUGUGUAUUUAUAUUUCCUGCCCUACACAGAUCCUCUAAGUGGAGUUUGUUUUAUUCCGCUUGUGCCUAUGUAUUUGGAGACCUUUUAAACCUGAAAAAUAAAUAACCGUUUAAUGUGGA